AACUCCAUUGAUGGCUUAAGCACCCUUGAACCCAUUUCUCAUCAAAUGCGUCGCCCAAAAUGGAGAAUUUAGAUCACAAUAAUAAUAGUGAGCUUGAUGGAGAACAAAAGAGGAAUGUGUGUAUUCCUUCAACAUCUUGUGGUUCAGUUUACCGUUUGUUUGGUCGACAGAAACCAAUUCAUCAGAUAAUGGGAGGUGGUCAAGCUGCUGAUGUGAUAUUGUGGAAGAAAUGGCAUGUGUCAAUUGUUGUUAUAAUAAUGGCUACUGCUGUGUGGCUAUUAUUUGAGCGGUCCGGUUUGCCAUUCUUAUCAAUAUGCUCAGAUGUUCUGCUUAUCUUGGUAGUGUUACUGUUCAUUCGUGCAAAUUAUUGUGUCAUGACAAAUAGACCGCUGGAAGAGCUGCCUGAACUAGAGUUGUCAGAAGAUUUGAUCACCUCUGCUGCUGCUUCUUUUCGUGUCAAAGUGAACUACUUUCUGUUGAUGGCACAUGAUAUCACCCUUGGCAAGGACUUUAGACUGUUCUUUAUGGUGGUGACAGCUUUGUGGCUCUUUUCUGUUGUUGGUAGCUUUUAUUCUUUCGCUACACUUGCUUAUAUAGGACGUACGAAUCAAGCUGGACGGUUUUGUUUGAAUGUUCAAAGCCUCCUAACUCUCCUCCUUGAGAAUAGGUCUUCAUAGUGGAGUAAGCAAGGAAAAUAUGUUUCUUGGAGACCCAAAUCACAGUUCCUCAAAGUAAAGAUACAAAUAAACUGAAAUUUCUCAAGUAUCUUUUUUCAAACAGAAUGUGUUUGUUAGUUAUUAAGGUAUGACACCAUAAUGCUAUGCCCCCAUUAUGCAUGUCUUUUGAAUUAAGUUGGAUGUUCUUGUUUGAAUGUUCAUAGUAUGUUCAAACCUAAUCCAAACCAAAAUUAUGAAAUGUCAAAACCAUAUUUCUUAUUUCGUUUGGAUUGAUUUGGUUUACGAUUUUUUCCGAAUAAACUUACUGCAAUUGAUGAAUAUAUAAUUAGUAUAAACUUGUGUUCUAAGCUAAUACUUAUGGGGUAUGUAUAUUAAGUAUACUUAGCCUUCAUCUCAAGGUAGGCAUUGACACCAUUUAUCAUCAAAUGAUUCAUACUCUGGAAUGCGACUGUUUUAUGCUUUUGUCACUGACUUAAGACAGAAUCCCACCUUUAAGGGACUUGGGACCUAUGAUAUUAAGAUUUAUUGUCGUAGGAUCAAUAACGUGACAAAAUUUUAUGCCGAAUGUCAUCGAACGACCAGAUGCCUGGAUUAGGGAUGUAGUAGAGUGUCUAUUAAGUAUAACUUGUUAAAAAUAUCUAGUUUGGGCAUAGUGCCAUAUGACUGACUUUGGCCAAUAAAUAAUUUUAACUGUAUAUUUAUUUAUUGAAAUUUGAAAGCUUUUUUCUUUUUAAAAGAGUGAUGCAUUUGUUAUGGAAUUCGAUGGAAAUCUAGAUAUUAUAGUACAAGUAAAUUGUUUUCUCUAGUUUUCUUAAUAUGUGUUCAGAUGUACAAGAAGAAGCCCCUUGAAUUAUAAGCCAUAGAAAUGGAAAAUAAAUAAUUAAUUUCGUAUGAAUAUAGAAAAUAUUGCACGUUCACGAUGGUUAGUAUGACUCGGGUGCUUAACAGACUCCCAAUACUAUAUUUCAGUACUCUAUUGUGUUUCCUCACUUGUGUGCUGUUUGUUUU